AUGUCCUUUCUUGUUUUUCUCUUAUUGUUAAUAUCCAGUGUUGUUUGUCAUCAAGAAUAUCAAACAAUUCCAUUACGUCAUGAUGCAGCUAUUAAUUAUCUUAUUCAACAUCAACAUUCUAACUUUACUAGUCUUUUAGACGGUAUUUCCACAUACACUAUUGCAUUGAAUGAAAUAUCUUCAUAUAUAUCAUUAUUUUCUAAUAAUGAAGUAACUCAAUGUGAACAAGAUUUUGAAAUAAUUCUUCAAGCAAUUUUAAAACGUGAUACGUGGGCUUUGAAAGUAUUUGAUGCAUGGGGAAAGCCAUUGCCAUCUGGGAUUUUGAAAGGUAAUACCUAUUGGGUAGGUAGUUAUGAUGAAUGCUUACAACCAAUGUAUUUACCAACAAAUAAAUCAUUUAUUUCACAACCAUUCGAUACACAGCAUUGUACUUUGCAUUUGGAUUUGUCAACAUCACAACAAAUAACAGGAGUAGCAAGUCUUGUUCUUGGAAUUUGUGUUCCAUCAUCAUGUCAUCGACAAGAUGUCGUUUCUUUAAUGCAUACUCUUCUCAACAUUAGUAAUAUUAAGGAAGAUGACCUUCUUUGUUCGAAUGAUCCUGCAAAUGGUCAAUCAAAUCUUACAACUGGAGCAAUAGCAACGAUUAUUAUUUUGUCACUUUUAGCUUUACUUGUUUUGGUAGGAACAAUUAUUGAUAUUGUUUUUAUGUCAAAAAUUGAUUCAGUGAAUGAUAUAAAUGCACAACUUAGUGGAUAUAAUCAUUUAAUUGACUCUGAACCAAGAAUGUCAUCACGAGAUUCUUAUCGUAGUCGAAUGAAAAGUAAACCAUAUGUAAUAUUUUUAGCUGAAUUUUCAGCAUUAAAAACUCUUCGUCAAAUAUUUACAAUUAAACAAAAGAAUAAUAAUGAAUCAUAUCAAUUUCUUAAUGGUAUUCGUGUAUUAUCUUUAUUCUGGGUUAUUAUCGGUCAUUCUUUUCUUUUUAAUAUACUAUUUACCAGUAAUAUUCUCGAUAUUUUCACAUGGUCUCGUAAUAUAUCUAUGCAAUUAAUUUUAAAUGCUACAUUUAGUGUUGAUACAUUCUUUGUUCUAAGUGGAUUUUUAACAACAAUUUUAUUUGUUCGACAUGUAGAAAAACAAGGAAAAUUAUCUAUUCGGUUAAUAAUUCUCUAUUAUGUUCAUCGAUAUAUUCGACUUACACCAACAUUUCUUCUUGUUAUUUUAAUUAGUAUUAAUUUAACACCUUAUUUUGGUAAUGGUCCAGCAUAUCCAACUCAAGUAGGUUUCGAAGCACCUCAAUGUCGUUCUGAAUAUUGGUGGACAUCAAUUCUUUAUGUUGGUAAUAUAGUAAAACCAGAUUAUAUGUGUUUACCAAUAUCAUGGUAUCUUCAUAAUGAUAUGCAAUUUCAUUGGAUUGCACCAUUAUCUUUAAUACCUUUUGUUAUCGGACGAAAAGCAAUUGGUUUUAUUGUAUCUAUUUUAUUUACUCUUAUUGGUAUUGGUUCGAUUGCAGGUCUUUUAAUAUAUUAUCCAAGUUUACAAGCUAGUAAUAGCCUAACACCACCUCAAACUGGUCCUAGUUUUUUCAAUACAAUCUAUAUUACUCCAUGGUGUCGUAUAUCUGCAUACUUUAUAGGUGUUCUCACUGGUUUUUUCGUUAUUAAUAUAGGUCGUUCAUAUCGUAUGAAAAAAUCUCUUUUAAUAAUUUGUAACAUAACAGCAAUUCUAUUUGCUUUGAUAUGUCUUUUUGCAAUAUAUCCUGAUGAAAUUCUAGUACCUGGUAUUGAUAAAACAUCAUUUAUUAUCUAUCAAUCACUUUCACGAACACUCUGGUCAAUGGCUAUCGGAUGGUUAUUAUUUUUAUGUAUGACAAAUCAAGGUGGUAUAGUAAAUAAAAUACUUUCAUGGUCUUUUUGGGUACCUUUAGCUCGUUUGAAUUAUUCGACAUAUUUAAUUCAUUUAACAGUGAUUUAUAUGAGUAUUACAAAUCAAAGAAUACCUUUUUAUUAUCAACCACAUUUGGUUGUGAAUAAUUUUGUUUCACAUAUAUUCUUUAGUUAUACAACAGCAAUUUUGAUAUUUAUUUUUAUUGAAACACCAUUUUUUAUUAUUGAAAAAACAUUAUUUAAACGUUAA